CAUCGCCUCGCGGCUUCUCGCGAGAAUUUGUCCAUUUCCCUGCCCCGGAGGAUCCCCAAGAUGGCGGCGCCGUGGUGGCGAGUGGGGCGACCGGGCCUGGAGGCCUGGGCGGCGACGCGCGGCGGCGGCGGCGGCCCCCGGUGGCUCCUCUGGGCCGGGCAGGGUUUCCACACCUCCGUCGCCCGCCCUAAGGCCAAGGCUGCCCGUAUUCGCAGCGGGAAAGGGAUAAUACCGGUGACCUACGAGGAAGCCCAUCCGCCCCACUACAUUGCCCACCGCAAGGGCUGGCUCUCUCAGCACACAAGCCAUCUCUGUGGAGAGGAAGGGGCAGCAGAACGAGCUGUGGAGGAUGUCUUCAUACGCAAAUUCAUCUAUGGAACCUUCCAUGGCUGCUUGGCCAAUGAGAUUGUGCUGAAACGCCGGGCCAACAUGCUGAUUAUCUGUGCAGUUUUUGUCCAGAAGAUGUUGCCUCAUAAGUUGUACUUCUUGAUUGGUUAUACAGAAGUAUUGCUUUCUUACCUGUACAAAUGCCCUGUCAAGAUGGAAGUGCAGACUGUACCUGAAAAGGUGAUCUACAAGUAUGUCUAAGCCCAGGUGGCGUCUGCAAUGGUGUGGGGGGGGGCCCUCACCUAGCACCUCUCUGUCCCCAAAGGUUCAGUCCAACUUCGUGUUUUGCUUCCCCCUCAGCAGAAGGGUUGCUUCCAGCUAGGACUGGGGGAAAGGUGAGACAUUCAGAGAUGCUGCUUGCUUGAUGGCUGUUCCUGGUGUGCAACCAGCGACUCAAAAGAUCUUGGUUUUUCUAAUGGUAUGAGUUGGACAAAGCUUGGGAUAUUGUUAAUAUCCAAACAAAAAUGCUUGCUACUUGGUGUCACUGGCUGGUCUCAGGUUCUUUUAUUUCUGAGCAAGUAGAAUCUUUGCACAACUAGGCCAGAAAUAUCUCCUAAAAUUAUGGGAAACAGUUUGCUGUCUUUUGCUCUGAACAGGAACCACAGGGCACCCACCUUGCCAGUGCAGGACUGGACCAUUCCCCAAGGCAUCCCCAGCCUUGUUCAGGAUAGUUCCAUUGGUGCCCAUUUAGCAGCAGCAAAGGGGUGUCUGACAAGAGGGAAGAGUUUUUUCCUGCUGCAUUGGGGGUGGGGUGGGGAGCUUUGACCUGCGAAAGGAGCAGCUGGUCCAUUGCUCUUUCUGUCUUCCCCCUUACUUAAAGAUUGCGAAGUGUGUGCUUUGAGGCUUGAGAGGGAGAAAGGAAGUCUUACAGGGACACUGGACUUACUGGUUGAUUCCAAGGCAAAGAAGUACAUUAUUUUUGCUUAAGACAGAGCUGUGGCACUGUAAAACCAUGGAGUGGUGGUAUGCUUGGGUGUGUGACCAUAAAUAUCAUAGCUCUUCAUUCUUUCAAUGCCUGUGAUGUUAUUCAACCAGUUUUUAAACAGACCUACCACAUAGAAUGGUGUGGCUUACUGGUGGGGAUAAUGACAGAUUUUUGUAGCACAGUUUUGUACGGCAAAUGAAAUUUCCCUGAAAGAAAGUGCUCCUUUGCCAGUAAUAAAAUUGGAUCCAAUUAGCAGGCAGGUAUCAAAGGGGACUGUAAGGAAAACCCCCCAGAUUUCCUCUAAAAAGAAGACAUAACAUGCUCCUUUGCAUUCAUUGUCCUUUUGGACAGAUAAAGUUGUUUGGUGCUUUUACCUUGGUAGGGAUAAAAUAAAGGAGAUAAAAUCCA